CAGUAUUGGGUAGUGAUUUACGGAGAGCUCUAUCGUUAUUCGACAUCACUUAGCAUUUCUGAAAGUCUAUUGCAAACAGUUCAGUUAAUAUGCCGUUUUUUAGUUACAAAAGAGAUUGAUAGUUCAGUUAUAGGAUGUGAAAAGAACAGGAUAAAAGACCUGGGUGUAAAGAAGUCUUUA